AACGGACACACGCACAGGCGCACACACACAGAGACGCAGCAAUGAGCGCAGGCGAUGUGGUAUGCACAGGAUGGCUCAUAAAAUCCCCUCCGGAGAAGAAGCUAAAUAGAUUUUCACUUGGCUUUGGCUGGACUGAGUAAAAGUUGUUCAAAAGCAAGUUUGCCAUUGGAGAGAACUGGAGAGUUACAGGUUGCUCCACUGGGAUUGUCAUUGAUGUAAGAAUACUGUACAUUAUGGCGGAAGCGAUGGUUUGUUCUCCGGAGGGGUCGGAUGAGCGGAAAUCCUGAUGUUUUGGAAUAUUACCGCAGCAAGAAUUCCCGUAAACCAAUCAGAACUAUUGACCUUCAGGAGUGUGAGGUCACCAUUGAGGCAGAGGUGCAGCUCACAAAACGUCAGUACCAGCAUCAGCACCUGUUUGUGGUGAAGACCACCAAACGCACCUUUUACCUGCUGGCCAAAACGGCAGAGGAGAUGAACAUCUGGGUUCAGAGUAUUGGACAGAUUUGUACGUUUGGAGGACUGAAUAGACAUGCAGAAUCGAUGGACAGUCUUAAUCGCACACCCUCUUCCCAGCAGCCCUCUCCAGCCCUCUCUCCUCAUGUUUCUCUUGUGUCCAAUGAAAUCACAGUUACUGUCGACAACCACGCUGUCCUCGAUAGGCCCAGCGAAUCAGAGAUCAGCCCUCCACUUGACUACCUCUUCCUCUCUCAGUGUGAGACAGGCACAAAGAGCAUAGUCAGGUGUGAUAGUGCCUCUAAUUCAGAACGCUCCUUUGAGCAGAGCUCAUCUGAGUACACAGAGGAUGUGUUUAGCCCCACCCCCCACAUUGACUCCUCCCCAUCCCUGUUCCUGGGCGGGGCAUCCGAGCAUCCCUUCAGUACCACCUAUGGCCCGCUCUCUCUUUCCUCUUCUCUCUCCUCCUGUCUCUCCUCUCCCAACUCUCUACGGCAGCCACCUGACGUAUUCAGAUUUGACCGGCCCUUCUGUGUGACAUCAGAGCCACAGACUCCUCCUCCCCUCCCACCCAAACCCACACACCUGUCUGAUCCCCACGGCAAUGACGAUACUGGGCGUAUACAGGUUCAGCCAGCUCUCAUCCCUCGAAGGACAUCACUAUCGGGAACAGAACAUUUUAGGAGAGUUGCAGGAGAGUUUGAUAAUGCUGGAAGAAACUGGAAUAAACGUCUAAGCCUCAACCUGCCAAUAUUUCUGAAUACUGCAGUCACUGAAAGCAGCUAUGAGGUUUCAUAUGUGCCCAUGGCCUCUCCACCAAUCAGCUGCUCUGAUAUUGCUUCAGACGGCUACAUACCCAUGAGCCCCUCCACUCUGCCUAUCUCCCAACUGACCAAUGGCAAAGCAGAGCAGCCAUCGCCUUCGAAUCCCGACAUCGAGCCCCCUCCAGUCGACCGCAACCUGAAACCCAGAAGACGGGCACGGCCGCCACCAUUAGACCUGCGAGGCUUGUCCACAAUCUCUGAAUAUCCGUUCCAUGUCCCCCUCACACGCACCAUGACAGAACCCAGCACAUCACUUCAGUGUGUACCUUUGGACAGGCGGUGGGAGUGGGGUUUAAAUGGCCCAGAACAGGAAGGGAGCAUAACACUGAUGGAUCCUGGUACUACUCCCUGGAUGAGGUGUUCCAAGCUAGAUUACCUGUCACUUGACUUCAACUCCGCCUCCCCCCCACCUGUCCAAAAGAAGCUGUUGCUGGCAGAUGGGUACAGGGUGGAUUAUGUACAAGUAGACGAGAAGAAGACACAGGCUUUGCAGAGCACCAAGAUGGAGUGGAAGGAUGUUCGUCAGUCGAAAGCCUAAAGCCUGGGGGGUCAUUUUAAAUUAUUACAUGGUUCAAAACUUGACUUGUACUCAUCACCUAAAAUUUCAGGUACACUUUGGUCAUUACACAGCUGUGAAAACAAUGUAAUAUUGGAGUUGAAUUUGAAACCUUCAGAAAUAAAAUGGCAGAUUAAUCAGGAUAUUAUUCAAGAAUAAAAGACCCUCUGUCACAAUCCUACCCCUCUUGGACCCCAAUUGUUAGCCGUUUGUAAUGCCUUAUUAAAAAGAUCACUAUGAAGGUUUGCUGUGUAAAAACAUUUUUUUUAUAAAUUGAAUAAAAGACAAAGAAAGCCGCAUACAGUAUGAAAGGUUUGCAGGCUAAUCAGUUAAAGGAAUGCCAAUCUAUCAGGCUAAUCUGUUAGCGUUAUGAUAUGUUAUCAGGCUAAAUGGUGGUAGUAUUUGGCAUGAUACCUGAUUCUACAACUAACAUUGGUUUUAGGGCUGCACAAUUAAUCGAAAAAGUAAUUGCGAUUACGAUUACGGCUGCCACGAUUAUGUAAUCGUGAAAAUUGACGAUUACAGCGUUCAAUUUAAGUCUGCUCCUGUUGCGUCAAUAGUUUCUAUUUACAAAGUGUUGUUGCAGCGGUUGAGGAUUCUAACCUAUCACUAAUAUGUCUGUUGAGCAAUGCAAAACUAAAAUGAUCCUGUUCUAUUCAGCGCACAGACGCGGUGUAAAUAAUUGAUUUAUUAUGCUGAUUAGACAGCUUUGUUUUUAAUGAGAGCAUUUGUGAAAGUGCAGAACAUUGUGCGGAGCGUCAUGAUCUUGCGUCGAAAUGCAGGUCUCAAACAGUGUAAACCUGCUGUGAGUGACAGCAGUCAUUGUAAUGGGAGAGUUUGUCACGUUGCUCGAUUUCUGUGUACAAUUUAUUCAUGUAAUAACAGUUUUGUUUGUCAUGUUAAUGAGUAGGCCAAUGUGAAUUUGAUUUGUACAAAAUAGCAAUAAAAUAAUUCAGCUUAACUCUUCUACGAGUGAUUUGGAAGUGUAGCCAACAUAAAGAAUAUGGCAUGAAUAGCAUAUUUCAGGAAUUACCGUCAUUGUUAUUGCGUCUGUUAUUGCAUUAUUUGCCACGUAGCUGGUGUUGGUAGAUUUUACAUUUUCACGAAUCGCAUAAACUCCGAUCGACAAACAGACAAAUGACUGUUUUUAAUUCUCAAAGUGCAACCACUGAGGCCAAAAAUGAUCUAACGAUGAUCUUACAUGAACGAGAUCACCAUUGAAGGUCUAACGGGAUGAAUGGUCCCCCUGUCUCGCCACCUAAGGGCUUUCUGAACGCAGUAGCUUGGUUGAUUUAAAUUAGCUGUUAAUAAGUUUGACUAUUGAAUAUGCCAUAUUAUUUACUGUAUGUGGACAAAUAAUUUAACCAGUAAUUUAGGAAUUAUUACAUUUAUUCUAUACCAUAGAUAUCAAUUUACAAUAAUUUUAAUUUACCUUACCUUAAAAACAUUGUUACAAUAUAAAAUAAAAUACAAUAUAAUGCUUAAAUAUGCUUAAAAGAAACUGGAGCAUAACUCAUAUCCACCAUUGAAAUCUGCUACUCUGAAGAACCACACGGUUGCUUAAUUUGUGAUGUCACGGUAAUUACAAUUUUUAAUCGACAUUAAUAAUCGCGAUUACAAUAUCAAGAGCAAUAAUUGACAAUUAUGAUUUUUGCUAUAAUCGUGCAGCCCUAUUUUGUAGUAUGUAGUCUUUUUAAAUCUAAAUUGAGAAUGAAAGCCAAACAGUGCUGAGAAUAUGAAUCGUACAUGAAAACAUUUUCACCGACGCUUAAAUUUGCUUACCAAAGCACAAAUUUACACACACUCCAUCUGAGACUAUUUAUUACACAAAUAAUUUAUACAUUGAGGGUUCAUUAUGGAUUAUUUGCUCAAAUUAAAAAAAUUAAAACAGUAUAGAGCCAUUUUUAUGGUACUUUCAAGGACAUCUAUUUUGAAAUAAUUCCCUGACUGUAAAGGCACACUGUUUUGAAUCACUGAUAUUUGUGACACAGAUGUCACAUAGGCUCUUCAUAAAUUCAGAAGAAAUUUUUUUUUCAAAGGUGUUAUGAAGUUAUUAUGAAUGUUACAUAUUAAUGACGUGCACAAUCACUGAAAAGUAUCACAGACAAUGAAUGUGUCUUUCACUGGUUUCAAACUCAUUUGAGACCAUGUUUAACAUGUACUCGUACCAUUACAAUAUGCUUCAUGAGAGUCAGACCACUGUAGACCACUGGAACCACUCACUGUGAUUGCACACUGGAACAAAGAUUCAAGAAUCAAGACAUCAAAACUUUGAAGGAAGUAGCUGUUUUGUUGAAAGGAACUCUGAUAGAUCUGCCUUUUCCUUUUAAAGAUUGAAUGUUGAGUGAAUAUUGAAUGUUUAAUGUCAGACUACUGUCAUAUUAUUGAUCUAACAGGGUUAUGUGUAUUUCCUGUUGACUUAGGCUUGUUCACUUUUAUGAGGCAUGACGAAUGUAUUUGGGGUUGUAGAAUUCUAGUGCCAUGUCAUGCUAUGCUAAUGACACUGUUAUGUCAUUUUUAUAGUGGUCCAACAUUACCUUUGUCAUACUGACAAGAGCACAAAGAUUUCAUGGGAAACAAUCACUGUGACAUCAUCCGUUUCCCACCAAUUCUGAUAUUCUUCAGUGUACGCUUUAUGUCUCAUGAAGUAAUGAAAUGCAUGAGUGAGAGUGAAUGAGUGAGAGCAAAACAAGUGUGUGUGUGUGUGUGUGUGUGUGUGUGCGUGCGUGCGUGUCACAAAUGUAGAGACCUUACUGACCUGUGUGAAUAAAUGGAUGUCUAUCCAUUAGCAGGUAAAUUAUUGUGAUGCAUUUUGAACACAAAUCACUUUAAACAAUUCAGCUGAAUAAACUCAAUAAUUGAAA